AUGUCUGAAGAUAGCGAGAAAGAAGGGCAACCAGAAAUAUUUGCCAACGGACUCGUCAUCAAUAACUACAGAAUAGAUAAACACAUCGGACAUGGCGGAUAUGGCGAAAUUUACGCCGUAACCGAUAUUUCAACAAAUAAACAUUACGCAAUGAAGUAUGAAACGAAAUCUGGAGAAAACAAAGGACUUGUCAUGGAAAAGGAGAUCUCAAAACAGCUUUCUGGAUCAAAAAACUUUGCGAUUCAGUACGGUGAAGGAACUUAUAAAGGAAAUAAAUAUAUGGUUAUGGAACUUUUAGGAACCUCUCUGUCAAACACUCGAAGACAAUUAGAAGGUAGACACUAUUCUCCAUAUUCUGCUUUGUAUUUGUCUUAUUAUACAAUUUGUUGUAUCGAAGACUUUCACAGUAGAGGUUAUAUUCAUCGAGACAUCAAGCCUGGCAACUUCUUGUUAAGGCCUGAUUGGGAUUUUCCUGUUUGCUUGGUUGAUUUUGGACUUGCAAUAUCUUACAUUGACAGGCAAACAAAGGAGCAUAUCCCAAACAGAAACUCAGUAGGCUUUACAGGCACUUGCAAAUACGCAUCGAUGAACGCUCAUGAAGGUCAUGAACUUUCUCGACGAGAUGACUUAAUUUCAUGGUUUUAUUCAGUUGUUGAGUUUUAUGCUGGCCGUCUCCCAUGGCCGGCGUCAAGAGAUAAAGACGCUACAUACGAUAAAAAGCAAAGAACUCCACCAGAAACUUUACUCAGAAAAUUACCUUCGUUUUUCGGCGAAAUAUACCAACAUAUAUUUAGCUUAGACUUCUUUGCUAAACCGGAUUACCAAAGAAUCAAAGAAUUGAUGCUUUCCGAACUUAAUUCUCAAAAAGGAACUCUCGACUGGGAAUUGAUAGAUCCCGAAAUACAAGUCAAGAUUUCAGAGGUGCCUCUCGUAUCGAGAGCACCAAGACCUUACAAAAUUCAAAUGUUUUGUAAUUCCCCCAUGCCAGACGCAGAUAAUGAAGACCCAAUGUACUCGCCGCCCGGUGAGCCGACCUGUUGUGUUAUUGCUUAG